AUUUAUACGUAGGUAUCUCCUUUUUCCAUUUCAGAAUCAAAUUUACUGCUAAAUGAGAAGAAAAGUCACUAAAUAAGAGGGCGGUGAUAAGAUGUCUGUAAGAAGCACACGAAAAAAGAAGUCAGAGAGUUCAAGCAACAUUAUAAGAAUAACAGUUGUCGGGGAUGGAGAUACCGGAAAGACUUGUCUACUUAUUGUUUAUAAAGACAAAAAAUUUGAUGACAGAUAUGUACCUACUAUAUUCGAUGAAUAUUCGAUGACCAUUCCUAUCAAUUACGAGCCCUACACCAUCAUACUGUCGGACACUGCGGGUCAAGAGGAAUACGACAAGCUACGCAGGAUGGCCUAUAGAUUCGCAGACGCUUUCCUACUAUGUUAUUCGACGACAGAAAGGAAUUCUUUUGAAAACAUUUCCCUGACAUGGGCACCAGAACUCAAAAGGUGUCGAGCCAAAGCCAACAUAAUUCUAGUAGGUAAGUAUCUU